AUGGAACUUCGCUUUAUCCAGAAGCACAUCCUAUCCGAAAUGCACUCGCGUCACACCAAAAAUUUCAAGAACGGUCAAGCAUCAAAAAUUCAUACUGUUUUCAAGACGGACUUGCGGCUGCCUCAACAACGCAGGAUGGACUCGGAUGUGGAGGUUGAAUCAUUCGGAAUGGAUGGUGAUAAUGGCCUGAUGGAUCUUGACUCGUACAGCGUGCCCGAGGCUGACUUGGAGGUCCCACUCUCUGAGCACUUAUUCAAUAUCAUUGGAAGUCGGACGUAUGAGUUCAACGAACGCUUCACCGAUCUAUUUGCCGAACUGCAAGAAAAUCUUGCCUCUGGUGAAAUCCCCUUCUCGACACCACUUGCGCCUAUGAACAAGGAGGAUGAGUUAUGUGACUAUAAUGCACCUGACUUUGGGAUCAAUAUUUUCGACUAUGAACCUCCAGCAAAAAAGUACACUCUUAAAGAUAUCAUUCCUGAUAAUCCCACUUACCCCUGGCCAUCACAAGCGGAUUUUGUGACAUCGCUUCUGUUCAGCUCUCCGCGCCUGCCGUUUUCUGAUGCCCAGAAGAAAGCGGUACUCAAUUGGGCAAGAGAGCUCGGCGUUCAAAAUGUACCCUCACUUGAUGCGACCAAGAAGUGUCAACUCUUCAUUGAAGAUCUUGUUGGUCAGCCAAUUGAGAAAGUCACUGCCCGGUCAGGGAAUAUAUUCUACCUGAAUGAUAUUGCGAAUGCAAUUGCAAAGGACUAUGCAAAUCCGCUUACGUGUUUCGCAAUGCAAGAUUAUCCAGAAGAUGGUGGAAAGGGGAUGACGCAGGUCUUCAACGGCACAAAAAUGUUACUCGACCUUCCAUCACCUCCCGCAGUUCGAGUGGACGGGAUGAUAUAUUUUGUCAAUGAGCUGUUGAAGGACUCUUCAGGAGCCUACUUUAUCCCAGAACAGUUUUUCCUUGGCUCUCCGUCUGUUGAGGGUGGUGUUGAAGGUCGCGCUGCUGAACCAACUGAUGCAGGAUUCAUUAUUAAUGAUGAACAGGAAAUCAUCCCAACUCCAAUAUUUGCACAGUCAUAUGAAGAUCUUUCAUUAACGAAUGAGCUUGACUGUGGACUCACUGGUGCGUCAUCUGCUAAAUACGGGUCACUCGGGCCCAAUCCAUUGCGCGAAAAGGUGAAGGGCCAAAUGCAAUGGAAUAAACAUCACACCAUUUACAUGUUGAAUGCAAAUCUACCCUGCGAAAUGCUCGAGAAGGAGUUCUUUGUGCGAUUCGUCUCGUCGUCACCGCAUGCCACUCCAAUGGAACUAAUGCGCGGGAUGAAAGAUUCUCUUCGUAAGGCAGCAGAGUCUGGCAUUGUUACGUGGGACUGUAUAGAUGAGGAGGAGGUCAUGCUUAUUCCGUCUGGACUGUUUCUUGCUGGCGACAAUCCUAUGCAAGCUGAGGAAUGCAGUCACGCAGGUCUCAAUUGCAACUAUUUUUGCAGGAUGUGUGAUGUUGGGGGCAUGAAAGAAUAUAAAGCAUCUGAAGAAGGUUAUAACAGUAUAUUCAAGUCAGGUAAUUUACGAACACCCGAAAAGACCACUGAAGACAUUCAACAUCAAUUUGAAGCUGCAAUGAAAUCGGGUGCCACAACAAAAGUGCAGAGUGCUGUUUCCUCCACAGGUGUUCGUGACAGCGCCUCGGCGUCCAUCCUCGAGUCUCUCAUAGAACUCAGAAAGAAACUUCGUAAACGAGGGGCGGGCUUACCAGCAACAGCCGAAAGCGAAGUCACCGCAACGCUCGAAAAGGAGUUUGAGGAAUUGCUACAAGGUGCCACACUCAAUGACGCAAUGAAUCCGCUGCUUGGGAUGAAUGGGAUCAACAUGCACUUGGAUACACCGACUGAAAUCCUGCAUACAAUAUUGUUGGGUGUGGUGAAGUACUUUUGGGGUCAGAGCGUUUUUCUCCUCGAGAAAGCGAAGUUUCUGCACAUCUUUCAGAGCCGCCUCGAGUCUGUCGACAAAGACAGACUGAACGCACCCUCUCUCAAUGCGGACUACAUAUGUCACUAUAAAGGCAGUUUGAUAGGCAAACAUUUUAAGAGCCUGGCCCAAGUUAUGCCCUUCCUGGUGUACGACCUCGUCCCUCAGACAGUUGUCAAUGGUUGGUCCAUCAUCGGAGAACUUGUCGCGCUUGUUUGGCACACGACAAUACUGGAUACCGAAGAAUAUCUUGCAAGGUUAUCCCGAACGAUCGAGGACUUUCUUAACAUCACAGCGCAAUGUGCUCCGAGCAUUCUUAUCAGCAAGCCCAAGUUUCACUUCUUAAUUCAUCUUCCAGCUUUCAUCCGUCGUUUCGGACCCGCAAUCAUAUUCUCCACCGAGAGAUAUGAAUCAUUUAAUCACAUUUUCCGACUGUCAUGCAUUCACAUGGCCACUGGUGGAUAUUGGUUUGACCGCAAUGUCAAGAAAUGGGUUCGUGGAGGAGCGCAGGUGCUAUGUUAUAUCAACGAACGCCCAGAACAGGCCCACCUGCUUGGUAUAUCAAGUAUCUUGUGCGAGCCUCCACUACCAGGCACCGGAAGUCCUGAUACUGUCAUUGGCGCAAGUGGAAAAAUGCUUAUUGGACGCAUCCGUGAGAUCCUUAUAUCACACGACAUCGAUAAAACCGUGGACCAUGUCGCACUGCAAGUAUUUUCAUUCGGACCUACAUUACAUCCUUCAGUCUUUCUACCAUGUCUCGACCUUACAAACGACGAAAUAGUUUCAAUGGCGUCAGAUGUCAUUUGCUCAUGCAAUCUUCAACACAACUGCAUUGAUUCCAAAUGCGUAGACAUGCGCCAGCAACAUGUACUUCAAGAACAGAUUCAAACCACUCGAACGAAGCCUGUCAUCAACCAUCAGCCUACUCCGCACUUCUUCCUCAAUACCUACUCAAUUCACAACUGUGAUCAUAUCCGACUGGUCAUACCUGAGGCGCUUCGCGAGUCGCCAUUGAGGGUCACCAAUCCGGCUGAGGUUUAG